AUGACACCACAACAUACCGAAUCCACCCCAGUCCUUAUCGUAGGCGGCAGCGUAGUCGGCCUCACGGCCGCCCUCUGCCUCGCCUUCCACAACGUCCCCGUGAUCCUCAUCGAGCGCCAUCCAGGCAGCUCCUUGUCUCAUCCCCGAGCCAUCGGAUACACGUCGCGCACGAUGGAGAUCUAUCGUGCUUUCGGGAUCGAUCAUGACAAGAUCCCGCAGGUCCCGCCCGAUUUCAAGCUGCGUCGUGCGCGUGUCGAGAGUUUGGCGGGGACGUGGUAUGAGGAGUCGGAGUGGAUGGAGAAGAAGAUGAUGGAAGAGGAAAAGUCUUCGUUCUCCUUCCUCGACUUUUCACCCAGCUUGGGCGGAGUCAUCGCGCAGGACAAACUCGAAGACAUCCUCCGCGAGACUGCACUUCAGCGUGGGGGUGUUGAUCUGCGGUAUCAGAACACCCUCGUCGAUUUCGAGCAUGAUGACGACGGAAUCACUGCCCUCGUCAGGAACGACAAGGACGGCCAGGAAUACACGCUGCGGGCAUCCUAUCUGAUUGCCGCCGACGGCCAUCGCAGCCCCGUGCGCGAGAAACUGGGCAUCCAGCGCGCAGGACGCGGGCAUAUGCAGACCACCAACAGCGUGCUCUUCCGCGCGCGACCUUCCAUCGACGAGUACCUGCAACGCGGCGUUUCCCAGUUCAGCAUCGACCAGCAGGACUUCAAGGCGUUUUUGACGAGCUACCGUGACGGCCGCUGGGUGCUCAUGUUUCCCGACGACGACGACGUCGACCGCGACGAGGAGACUCUGAAAUCCCUGAUCUACAGAGCCGUCGGCCGGUCGGAUCUCGACGUAGAGAUCAUCACCACCGGCCGGUGGGAGAUGACGGCUCUGAUCGCAGAGAAGUUCCAGUCGGGACGCAUCUUCCUGAUGGGUGAUGCGGCGCACACGCUGCCUCCGAACCGGGGUGGCUACGGCGCGAAUACCGGCAUUGCGGACGCCCACAACCUCGCCUGGAAACUGGCUGCCGUCCUGUCUGGUGUGUCGAUGCCAGAGCUGCUCGAGACGUAUGACCACGAGCGGCGUCCGGUGGCGUGGUUGCGACAUCAGCAGAUCUUCGCGCGCGCAGAUUUCAAGGCCUAUCUCGGGGACAAUGUAAAGUUAUCCGAUGAAGUGAUUGACGAUAUCGCCAUGGAGCUCGGCCAGCGUUAUCGAUCGAAGGCUGUGCUUCUCGGUGCGGACGACGACAUGCUGCCACCGGCAUUACGACCAGACCAGUGGGCGGGCCAGCCGGGGACGCGCGCAGCGCAUUUCUGGCUUACCAAGCCCGACGGAAAGAAAAUUUCGAGCUUGGAUCUGUUCCCGCGCUGCUGGGUCUUGCUUUCUGAGAGCGCAGAAUGGAAAGCUGCGGCGGUGCAGGCGAGUCAGGAGUCCGGGAUCCAUGUCGAGCCGGUCCACGUGGGUGUCGACGUGCAACUGGACGACGACGUGGCCGUGUUUCUUCAAGCUAUGGGCAUUUCUGCCCCAGGCGGCGCCUCGCUGGUUCGUCCUGAUGGGUACAUUGCAUGGCGAGCUACUGAGCUGUCGUCUGAUCCUUUGGCUACGGUGAAUGACGUUCUUCGUCAGGUGGCCUUCGCGAGGAGGUUGUCCUAA